AUGAAAACUAAAACGUGUAAAAAUUUAAUUUCAAACGAACAAAUCCAAGAAGUACAAGAAGUUUAUGAUACUUUUAAAUGUAGAAAUGGAGAAAUGGAUAAAAUUAAUAUACAAUAUGGAUUUAGAGCGUUAGGUGUUAGAUUAGGAGAAGAAGAGGUUGAAAAGAUAUUUAAAAAUCAACAAUACAUUAAUUUUAAUUCAUUUUUAGAUAUUGUUACACCAUUAAUCUAUAAAAUUGAUGUCUAUGCAUCAUUUGAACAGGCAUUUAGUUUAUUUGAUAGAGAUGGCUCUGGUUAUAUUACAUUUGAUGAUUUAAAAACAGUUGCUAUUAAUUUAGGUGAAGCAAGAUCAGAUUCAAAAUUGUACAAUAUGAUAAAACGUGCAGAUUUAAAUGGGGAUAAAAAAAUUAGUAAAAUAGAAUUUAUCCAAUUAUUAUAUUGGAAAAAGAUAUAUUGA